AUGCAAAUAGAAAUCCAUGAAUCAGUACCUAACCCUCCAACGACGCCAGCGCCUCCGAGACGAUUGAUACGCGUCGUCAAUCGCCAUCCUUUGAAACCCAUCAAGCGGUCGAAUGACAACUUUCCACCAGAAGAACCGAGCAAUGCAGCACCAUCAGUGCCACCGCCUCCUCCGCCACCACCACCACCGCCACCACCACCGCCUCCCCCGCCACCACCACCACCGCCGCCACCACCACCACCAGCACCACCCACACCGCCACCGCCACCAGCACCUGCAGUAACUUUAAGUCCACCAGAUCCAUUAAAAUUACCAGUUUACAUGGACGACUUGAGAAAGGCUUUAGAUGAGCUAGAACAGAAGAUCAUUCAAGGGACCUCAUCGCCUGCGGCAGGCAUAAGCACAAUAAUGGCACGAAAACAAGGUAACGGUUCUUGUAAUCAUGGUGUCCAGUUGCCACCGAGUUUAGCAAAUAACUCGCCACCAUUCAGAAACAUUGAUGAUAUCGUCCAAUUGUUAAAGAAAGCUGUACAAGUAGAACGGAAAAUACCGAAACCAACGGAUCAGAAUGUCGAGUGGGUCCAAAUCAAAAUUCCAAAGAAUUUGUAGAUGACAUAUUUUAUGCAAUUGAAUUAAAACCUUGUAUUUUUUAUUAAAAGUAUGUUUCAAAAGCUAAAAAUAAUGAAAAUUCCACCUUUUAAAGUAUAUUCCGUACACAAAUCUUUUUACGCACAAAUAUGCUCAAGGGGAAUCAGCUCUCCUAGUAGGAAAGUUUUCAAGAACAGUACUGAUAGUACACCAGA